GCUUCAUACGCCCUCCAUUUAUCGUUGAGUAUCGGAUAACUAGUAUGUCAAGUAGCGCAGUCGCUUCCAGUAAACAUAAACUGAGAGUUUUUGAGUGAAGUACAUUGGCGAGUAUUCUGUUGGCUUUGGGAAUAAAUCUUUAAAUACGCCGGACUCGAAAUGGAUCAGAGGACAUAUCUUUUCAUCGUGACAUUACUCUCCUAUGUAGCAGUCUGUAUGGUGGAGUCUAGUCCCACCUUCGUACCGAUAGAACAGUCUGGAGCUCAAGUGCCUUCUGGCCCACAAUCACCCUAUGAGCUUCCUGUGCGACCUAGCAUCAUUCCGCCUUUCGUUCCUAUGACUGGUGAUCUUGAUCGUAUUGACGAUGAUCAUGACGGCCGAGUGACGGGCGAAGAAUGGAGACGGGCCUUCAUGAUACUCCUUGCUAUCUAUGAUUCUGAUGGAGACGGGGCAUUAACCGUGGGAGAGCUGCAGGCUCAUAACCUCACCCCUCCUCAUCCCACCACUCGCCUCGCCCCACCCCCAUCCAAACAUAGGAACCUCUCAGUAGACUUCAAGGGUCAGCUAGCACGUGAACACGAUCACGUGACCAGGAAGAAGGAGCAGAUGAAUCGACAACGCGAUCAGCUGUUCGUCCGAGAUCGAAACACUCCUCGAAAUCAACAUCGACAGGAGCAAAGGAUGCAGGGAAGACCCUGAUAUCAAUCCAGUCUUGUGACCGAUUGAAUGCAGCACU